AUGGAUGACCCUCGUGCUCCCCCCGGAGCGGCGCAUCCUAGCUCCCGCAGCGCUCCGCCCACCGUCGCCCCCGCCACUGCGGCCAACAGCGGAGAAAAUGGCAAUGGACAGGAGCAGCAUCAGCUGCCCCUGCGCCCGAGUCACGAGCUCCCCUUCGUCGCGCCCUCGUCGUACCUCCGCCCGAAGCCCCCCAGUCGCACAAUGUCGGAGAGGACUCCAAACGCCCUGGAUAAGGAGCAGAUGCAGGGUCUGCGAGGCAUCCGCGAGUUUCUCAAAGUCCGCACCAGCUACGACGUGCUUCCCUUGUCCUUCCGCCUCAUCGUACUCGACAACGAGCUCCUCAUCAGGAAGAGCUUGAACAUCCUGAUUCAAAAUGGCAUCGUUUCGGCACCCCUCUGGGAUUCAAAAAACUCGACCUUUGCGGGCCUCCUGACUAGUACCGACUUCAUCAACCUCAUCCAGUACUACUGCCAGUUCCCAGACGAGAUCGAUGAGGUCGACAACUUCCGUCUUAGCAGUCUCCGAGACAUCGAGCGUGCGAUUGGCGCCCUCCCUCUCGAGACCGUGUCGGUCCACCCGAUGCGUCCACUGUACGAGGCGUGCCGUCGCAUGCUCAAGACGCGGGCUAGGCGGAUCCCACUGGUGGAUGUCGACGACGAAACGGGCCGCGAGAUGGUUGUCAGUGUCAUCACACAAUACCGCAUACUCAAGUUCAUCGCCGUCAACAACGAGAAACACACCAUUCUACUCAAAAGGUCGGUGCGGGAGAUGAACCUCGGCACCUACAGCCACCUCGCGACGGCCGACAUGAACAGCUCGGUCCUGGAUGUGAUCCAUUUGAUGGUCAAACAUAACAUCUCGGCUGUGCCGAUCCUCGACAAGGACAAUAAGGUUCUCAACGUCUUCGAGGCUGUCGAUGUGAUCCCCUGUAUUAAGGGCGGGGCGUACGAUGAGCUAGCCUCCACAGUCGGCGAUGCGCUUGAGAAGCGCGCGGACGACUUUGCUGGUAUAUAUACCUGUAAUGAGGACGACCGUCUCGACGCCAUAUUCGAAACAAUUCGCAAGUCACGGGUUCACCGGCUAAUCGUGGUGGACGACGACUACCGACUUAAGGGUAUCAUUUCACUCUCCGACAUCCUCAAGUACGUUUUGCUUUUCGGCGAAGAGGAAGACGAUAUCCGCGGUUCUUAG